AAAUGGGAUGAUGAAUACAAAGCAGUGAAAGAUGGUCCAGCGUGCAUUCAAAAAGAUCCAUUUGUACACAGUUAUAUUGCUGAAGGCAAUGAAGAUUGUUUAUUUUUGAGCGUAUAUGUGCCACACUCGUUUGAGGGAAAUUCUUCGAAUUUGGCUAUUUUAGUCUUUUUUCAUGGAGGAGGAUUUGUAGCUGGCUCUGGUAUCAAAUCACGACAUGAUCCUGCUUAUUUCCUUGAUCACGACAUUGUGUUAGUUACGGCAAAUUAUCGUCUGGGUGCAUUAGGCUUUCUCAGUACAGAAGACGCCAAUUGUCCAGGAAAUUUCGGUUUAAAAGAUCAAGCGAUGGUGCUUAAAUGGAUUCAACAAAAUAUUCAACGAUUUGGUGGUGAUCCAGAAAGUGUUACUAUAUUCGGAUCGAGUGCUGGCGGUGCAAGUGUUACGUAUCUAAUGAUGUCUCCAUUAACUGAGGGUUUAUAUUCCAAAGCAAUUGCGAUGUCAGGCACAAAUCUUGCGCCAUGGGCACAGCCAGCUCACAAAGGUGUUGCCAAAAAGCGAGCAACACAAUUUGCAGAAUAUUUCAAUUGUUAUUCUCCAAAUAAUUGGACACAAACUAUUGAAUGCUUACGAAAUGUACCCGCUGCCAACAUUUCAUCAUCAUUUUAUGAUUUCUUCGAAUUCGACACUGAUCCCAUGGUAGUAUUUCAACCAGUUGUUGAGCCUGAUCUGCCUGGUGCAUUCAUGACGAAACAUCCACGUGAAGAAAGAGCCGAAACCUCUUCAAAAAUACCAUUCAUUACUGGGGUCACCUACGACGAGG